UUUGCCUAAUAAGCAGGAGGACUGGAUCCAAUGUGUGCUGGCCAUUGCAUGUCACUGCUGCCUGCUAGAUUUAAAAUAUGUUGUUUAGUCAUCCUGGUGUUCUAUGUUGUUGAAAGCCAAAGUGUAAGGGAGAACUUUUCAAAGACAGCAUGACUCACUGAACGGUGAGAAUAUCACAAAGUGCACAGGCAGCUGUGUUCACAAGACUGUUUUAAACUGACAGUUAACUUUUCAUUUGAAGUGUUAUGACCAGGGAAGAAGGUUACAGAGAAGAAUUUAGCUAUGACAGGAUGCCAACUUUGGAGCGGGGAAAGCAAGAGAAUGGAAAUUAUAUACCAGAUAUCAAAUCCAGUGACCUUCAGCUAUCAAAGAGGCUGCAUCCUUGCUUUAGCUACAGAACAUGGAUCUUUUCUUUGCUGAUGGGAACUUGUCUCCUUAUUACUUCUGGAUUUUCACUAUAUCUGGGAAAUAUUUUUCCAUCUGAAAUGGAUUAUUUACGUUGUGCAGCAGGUUCAUGUAUUCCUUCAGCAGUUGUGAGCUUUGCUAUAGCAAGGAAUAAAAUUAAUGUGAUACCCAAUUUUCAGAUUCUGUUCGUCUCUACAUUUGCUGUUACAACAACGUGUUUAAUUUGGUUUGGAUGCAAACUUGUCCUUAAUCCAUCAGCUAUAAAUAUAAAUUUCAACUUGAUUCUGCUUAUUCUGCUGGAAAUCUUCAUGGCAACUACUGUAAUCAUUUCAGCUAGGUCUACUGAAGAGUGCUGUAUGAGAAAGAAAAAUACUGCACAUGACAGUACCGUUGUUUUGAGCAAUGUCAGCUUUCCUACUCGAAUUCUGAAGUCAUACUCAGUAAUUGAGGUGAUUAUUGGAAUUUCAUCAGUAUUUGGUGGAAUAAUUGCUUUGAAUAUGGAUGUUCUAGUCUCAGGUCCAUAUCUUUCAGUAACAUUCUUUUGGAUCUUAGUUGCUUGCUUUCCAAGUGCUAUUGCAAGUCAUGUAGCUGCUGAAUAUCCAAGUAAAUGUCUGGUUGAGGUCCUGAUUGCCAUUAGCAGUGUUACCUCUCCAUUGUUGUUCACUGCUUCUGCAUACUUAUCCUUCAGUAUCAUGCAAGUUGUUGACAUCUUUAAAAAUUAUCCACCUGCUGUUAAACAGUCUUAUGAUGUACUCCUGUUGCUUCUGAUGUUGAUGCUGCUAAUUCAGGCAUGCCUUACUAUUGGAACUGUAAUACAGUGUGUAAAUUACAAGACAAAAAUGAAACUACAUGAUUCAUCGUGGACAGCAUCACAGGUUAAAAAACAGGAAUACAGAACAACAGAGGUUUCCAAUAAUACCUUAAAGGAUUUUGACAAAGACAAAGCCUGGAAAGCAGUUGUGGUGCAGAUGGCUCAGUAGUUUGGAUUCUGCAAAUGCAGCCAAUACAGUACAACCCAAUACAGUAAAUCAACUGUUUGAAUUAAGGCUUAAAAAUUUUUCAGUUUAUAAACAGCAAUAGAGUUACAGCAGUAGGAGCCAAGGAGUAACACAGUAAAUAAUGUGUCUUUCUAAUAAUUUUGAAAUAUAUUGAUAAUACUUUUAACACAUCUGUCUUUUCUGUUGGUAUCUGUAUUCUAGUGUUGCUUUAGAACAUACCUUUAGAAAAAAGGUAGAGAGUCACAUGGAUUUAUGCUGAUGGCAAAGUAAAAUAUGACUAUGUAGUAGGCUUCAUAUAUUUGCAGGAGAUUGUUAUAACUGCAGUUAUGCAGUCAGUGUAACUGAUAAAUGCUUUUGUAAAGUUAUGAGUACAAGUCAUAAUUGAUAUUUUUGCUUAUACUUCACUUUUGUAGGAGUUGUAAAGUUGUUUUGCAUCUCAUUGCUUUUAUAUAAAUAAAAGUCUUUAUUAUGUGGAAACUCAAGAAUGUGGAUUGACAUUCUAAUUGGAGACGUGAAAACAGAAUAUUCUUUCCCAUUAAGCUUCCAUUUCUGGACUGUUAAAGGGGAAGGGGCUUCUUCUGAGUGGCCAGGCACAAAAUCUACUAGCCAAAACAAAAAAAUAACAAACAGAAGCAAUCAGCCAAAUAACAGGAGAUACUACUGAUAUUAAGAGUUUUUUCACCUAUGAAAAUGUAUUUUUAGGAAUAUUACUUUUCAUUUAUUUAUUUUCCUAACUAUCUUUAAAACUUACAGAACCUAGCUGCCCUUAAACAUGGGAUAUCUCCCAUACAGAUUGCCUUUUCCUCCUAGCUGAAUUAUGUGUAUGAUCAUGUAGAUUAAGAACACUGUAAGAAUUUCCAUGUUAAUAGGCUUUUUGGUGUAACUAGGGUGAUAGCUGCUGACAAGGUGGUGGGGUUUUUAUUGUUUUUCUGUUUUUAUUGCUUUAUUGAUGUUUUUUGACAAGUUCUAGACUUUGAAGUUCAUUCUUUUUUAAUCUGAAACAACCCAAAUAAUUUGUUCAGAGCAUGCUGCAAAGCUUGCCUCUUUGCUUUUGGGGAGAGGAAGUAGAGAGAAAGGUACAUACAGUGCAGAGCACUUCAGGUAUGCCAGCAUGUUUUCUUUUGUUUUUGGGAAAGCUGACAAUUAUUACGGCAUUUUAAUACAUAAAGAAUACUCUUUCAGGUUUAGAGCAGUGCUUCUUCAGAGCUUGUAUGUAGCAACCUCUCUGAUCACCUAAAAUAGUGUGUGGUUUUGGUCCAGACUAAUACAUCAACAAUGAGAGGCUGCAGCUUCUGUUUCUUAAAUACUGCCAAAUCUCAUGCCUCUACUGGUGGUACUUGUGUGAACAUUCUCUCAACAAUGCAGAUAAAUUAUUAUGUCUGCUACAAUCUGACCAUUUUUAUAGGUAGAACAAGUUAGUUUUUGAUUGUACAAUAUUUUUUUGAAAGUUGCAAAGAAAUGGUGACAGUUCUACCUAAAAAUAAACAUCCAAACAACUUUCUAAAUCUCACGCAUGGAUUGAAACUGGACAGACUGUAGAUAGACACGAAGUAAAUCUUGAUUGCUUGUAGCUUUAAUUAGGGUGUGCUGGUAGAUAAUUUGUUUCCACAGCACAGCAGGGAAGCCUGUUAAAGGCAAAAAAAUCAUACCCCUCUCUGAGGUCAGCAUGGUUGAGGUAACAGUGUAUGUGCCAUGUUACAAGGGUUUCUGCUUGGAACUGGCUGGAGAAUGCCCAUUCCAGCCUUGCUGGGUUUCAGUAGAAUUAAUGCCAUGGACUACUGCUUAGCUUAUACCAGGAGUUGGGGUCCUAGCUUAAAAGAAAAAAAAAGAAAUAGCCCUAGGUAAAAUAAACAAAUAAAUCUGGCUGAAGCAGCUUCUGAAAAAAAAUAAAAUUGUGUGUACCUGGUGCAUGAAUCCUUCCUCAGCUACCAACUUAGCUAGGAAAAGCUAGGAAAGCAGAAGCAGUUUUAAGAGCAUUUUUUAAUGCUCUCUGUUCCUGCAGGCAAAUUUCUUGUAGCAUCUCACCAGGAACAAGAACACACAGUUGACUAUUGAUGUAUAUUUUUUUGUUUUUAGUAGUAACCUGCCUUAUAAGAACAGACGGGUGAGGAGGAAAACUGCAGUUAGGAUCCAAUGUAUCAAGUCUCACCUUUGGUGUUUCUGACUACUGUUUUUCUGUUAAGAGCCAUGCCUAGUUAUAGUUAGAAAAGCAGUAUGUCUGUAGUUUUGUUGGACCUAAGCUUCUGUUGUGAACCUGGGCUUAAAGUACCUUAGGCGCUCAACUAGAAUGAGGCAUCUGGAAGAAAUGGUACAAUGCCUACCCCACAACAGCAAUACAGACCUCUCUGUAUCCAGAAAUGUCUCUGUGUCAAAUGGACUGUGUAUAUGUGUUUUUACAUGUACAUAUAUGUUCUGCAUGGAUAGUUUUGAGUUGUUACGAGUGUUUUAGAUCUUUCCUACCAUUUGUCUCCAGCAACUGAAGGGGGAGAUUUUUACAAGGCAAAUGAGCUGAUCUAAGUGCUGAAAGGGUUUGUCUCCUCUGGCCUCUACCCUUGUGCUAGCCAUGGCUGGUAUCUGAUUAAACUGGCAGAAAAUCUAUCGAUUAAAAAAAAUGAAUAGUUUCCUGCUUAAUUAGUCAGCUUAGCACACUGCAAACUCAUAGUGGCCCUCUUUUUGAUCUUGGAUAUGACUUCAUAUCAACUGGAGGUAGAAUUGGACUUCUGCCUCAUUGGAAGUAGAUCAACAGAGUAUUUGUCUUUUGUUAGUACUUCCUUUGUCCCUUCCUGUCACAUUCCUUUGCUAUGUUUUGCCUUGGUCAUAUGACCCUUCUCUUCUCCAUUCCCCGUUUGAAAAAUUAGACUUGUACAUGAUCCGUACCAGGAAUUACAACUUUAGACUGACCAUGUAAUCAGUUGGUUUGUGUGUAGAUCACUGUCAAUUAUAGUUGGAGUUAAAGGAGUUUCUCAAAUAAAAAAUUGCAUGUUUUGUGA